AUGGCUAGCCCUUCUGCCUCCCCUAUCUGGGUCUCUCAACUCGAGAGCCCUCCUGCUGCCAAGUCCAAGCAAUCUGGUGUUCAAGAUCCUCCUGGCUUCAGCUCCGGAACGACCAAGAACAAGGAUGCUGCCAAGGUUCAGCCCCGCAAGCCCCCGACGACCUCCGAGAUGGAAACCUUGAAGCUCAAAAAGGCCUGGGAAGUCGCGCUGGCUCCUGUCAAAGGCCUUCCCAUGACCGCCAUCAUGAUGUACAUGUCGGGCAACUCUCUCCAGAUCUUCAGCAUCAUGAUGGUCUUUAUGGCAUUCAAGAACCCUUUGAUGGGCUUGAUGAAUACGAACCAGGCCUUCGAACGCUUCCAGUCAGAGUCUCUUUCCUCCCAAUUGUUGCAGGUCAAGUUUGUGUAUGUGGUAUGCCAGCUGGUUGCGCUUGGUGUCGGAAUCUGGAAGAUCAAUGCCAUGGGUCUAUUACCAACAACACGAUCCGACUGGCUGAUGUGGGAGGCGCAAAGAGAGCGCCUGGAGUUCGCUGUGGCAGCAUUAUAA